AUGUCUUCUCCCAACUUUGGCUUCUCUCCGUGGAGGAGACGAGCUUCCUCGCUGAGCUCCCAGAGGAACAACGAGACCAGCCCCGAGAAUCCGCUUCUUAGUCCUGGUCGCAACUCCCAGCUGGCCAGCACAGACAGACUGUCGUCCUCCGUUUCGACUCCCGUCGACAGUGCCCAGUACGCCCGCAGCGUUCGCGAAGAUACAGCAGAGCUCGCUUCGUACCUCCUAUCGGACAAGAAGACGGGCCAGAGCCCGGCGUUCCUCUCCCGCCAGCGCUCUCAGAACUCCCAACUCGCGCGAGAGACGGCCAUUUCAGAUAACGAGGAGGAUGAUGUGGGAAGCGCGCACGUCACCAGCUCCGAUACCAUCCAAGAGGUUUCUGAGCCGGCAUCGCCAGAGGAAGGGGAGGAGGAAAUUCCCGAGGACGGUCCCUCAAUCCUGACGAGCUUACUGAAGAGAUCACCGCCGCAAUCGCACCGCGAACCCUCUCCCGACGCUCGACCUCACUUCCAGCAGUCUCACUCGGAAGUCGAUGAACCGAAGCCGAAGCGAUCACCGUCCAGAGAAAGACCGGAGCCGGAGGUGCAGCGUUCGUACGAGGCUGUUGUGGAGGAACCGACCGAGCGCACCCCGUUGAUACCGAGGCUAUCCUCCGACAGCUUCAGCACAGAUGGCAGCACCAAUGGGGUCGACGUUGAGGGACAGAAGCAAACUCCCAAAAAGCAUUGGUUCCGUGGCUUGAAGGACCUGACGGUCAACGUCGAAGAUCACAUCGUCCAUGGCGUCCAAGUCGCGACCAGCCCCAAAAUUUGGGACCGCAAAGUUCUGUGGCAGAAUGCCGUGGUUGCGCCGGUGUCGUGUUUGCCCGCUGUCAUUGUGGGAUUGCUGCUUAAUGUACUCGAUGCUUUGUCUUACGGCAUGAUUCUCUUCCCUCUUGGCAAGCCUAUUUUUGCCGGUCUCGGCUCGGCUGGCAUUUCGAUCUUUUAUGUCAGCACCAUUGUCUCGCAAUUAACGUUUUCAUUUGGUAGUAUUUUCAAGGGUGGUGUCGGCUCUGAACUUAUCGAAGUCGUGCCAUUCUUCCACAACAUGGCCGAAACGAUCACCAACCACAUUGGUCAGGACCAGCCCGAUGCUGUGAUUGCGACGACUAUCGUCUCCUAUGCGAUUAGCUCAAUGAUGACAGGAACUGUCUUCUACCUCAUGGGCAAGUUCAACUUCGGGUAUAUGGUUGGCUUCAUCCCGCGGCACAUUCUGAUUGGCUGCAUCGGCGGUGUUGGCUGGUUCCUGGUUGCUACAGGCUUCGAGGUGUCAGCCCGCAUGGACGGUAGCCUCGAAUACGACCUCGAUACCCUCCACAAGCUCUUUCAGACCGAUACAAUCCCUCUUUGGGUAACCCCCCUCAUUCUGGCCAUUAUCCUCUUCUACAGCCAGGCCAAGGGAGCGUCAAAGUACUUCUUGCCACUGUACAUCAUUUCCAUUCCGAUUGUCUUCUACUUCUUUGUAUUUUCUUUGGACGCGCUCGAGCCUGAUUCCCUCCGUGAUCAUGGCUGGAUCUUUGAAGGCCCCCCGGCUGAUGAGCCGUGGUGGUUCUUCUAUACGCUGUACAAAUUUCACCUUGUCGAAUGGGACGCUGUGCUGGAGUGUAUUCCCGCUAUGCUUGCCCUUACUUUCUUCGGCAUUCUACAUGUCCCAAUCAACGUCCCAGCUCUUGCGCUGCAGACAGGCGAAGAUAACGCUGAUCUCGAUCGUGAGCUGAAGCUUCAUGGCGCCUCCAACUUCAUCUCUGGCCUCGCUGGUAGCAUCCAAAACUAUCUCGUCUAUGCCAACACUGUUUUCUUUAUGCGUUCUGGAGGAGACAGCAGGCUCGCCGGUAUCAUGCUGGCUGCUUUGACCUUUGGUGUGAUGAUUGUCGGGCCGAAGAUCAUAGGCUUUAUUCCCAUCAUGAUGGUCGGCACUCUGAUUUUUGACCUGGGAUUUGAGCUACUUCUCGAAGCCGUUUGGCUUCCGAGGAAGAAGCUGAAGCUGGCAGAGUAUCUCACGGUGAUUGUAAUCGUCCUCGUCAUGGGCAUCUACGACUUUGUCAUCGGUAUCGGUGUGGGUAUAAUACUAGCGUUUGUCUCCUUAAUCUUUCAGACAUCGAGGGUUCCUGCGGUGCGAGCAAGCUACACAGGCGAGAUCGUCGGCUCCACCGUGCGCAGAAACCCCUCGCAGCACCAUUAUCUGCAGGAAGUUCGUCGACAAAUAUACAUCGUCAAGCUUACGGGCUUCCUCUUCUUCGGCACUGUGGUCAGCGUUGAAGAGAAGAUUCGAGCUCUUAUCGACGACGGAGCCUUUGCCGAGAGGCCCAUCAAAUAUCUCAUCCUCGACCUGUACCAUGUUACAGGCCUGGACUACUCUGCUGGUGAGGCUUUUAAUACCAUCAGCAGAUUGCUUGACAACAAGGGCAUCAUUCUUGUUAUCAGCGGGAAGGAUGCAGAGAGUGAGGUUGGCAGAAACUUAAGGCAGGUGGGACUACUAGGAGAUGAUGAUAUCGAAGUCACGCUGCUGCCAGACCUCAACUCGGCCCUCGAGAGCUGCGAGAAUGAGCUGCUCAAGACGCUGUACGCAAGCCAGCAAGAGCUUCGCAAGAACAACCGCCACGCACCAACGGCCAACCUCGACGUACCAGCGGCGAAGUCAGAUGGAGGAUCCUUCGACAUCGUCAUCAACUCGCCGAGACGUAACCAGCUCCACGAGGCGGCGAGAAACGCAUUGGCGAACACAGAGCCUUUGGGGACGACUAGGUGGCAGAGCUUUAAGGAACCACUGCGACUGAUGUUGCAAAUCUUCCAGGGCUUGAGUGAGAAGAACGAAGACUUCUGGUUCAGAGCUGUCGGGUACUUUGUCAAGAAGGAGUACAGGGCAGGCACCGUCCUGUUCAAGAGAGGCGAGGUCGCAAAGGGCUUUUACCUGGUUGAGCACGGCAUCCUUCGCUGCGAUUACGACCUGCCCCAAGGCUCGCUGACGGAGAGUAUCGUCGCCGGUACAACGUGCGGCGAGCUUCCCUUCUUCUCGGAGACGGACCGUACAGCUACGGUCACCGUGGACAGAGAUUGUGUUGUGUGGAGAAUGGAUAAGGAGGGUUGGGAGCGGCUGCAGAAAGACCAGCCAGACGUCGCGCAGGAGUUGCUCAGAAUGUCGCUGAAGCUGACGAGCGAGCGUAUGACGUCUAUUACGUCAGACAUGAGUCUGCGGUCUAUAUUAGGCGGCGGCCGGGUAAAGAAGGCAAAGCCAAAACCGUCGGCCUCGUCACCUCGCAAGAACGGUGGCACCAGCAGUCCGAGGGCUGGGAGCAAGAGCAAGAAGCAGCCGCCUGACGCAGACUCUGACGACGGUGGCAAUGAUUACUUCAAUGACAGGCUGGACGACGCCGGGUUGGUCGCGGCGCUUGCGACGGACAUGUCGCUCCGCGAUGUCGUGCAGGCCAUCAGGUACACCCGCAACAAUAUGUUCGGCCCGGUCCCCGCAGAUGCGGCGGGCAUGAACUCUACGCGCAUCGCCGAGGUGCUUAAUUACCGUAAAGCCAUGCCGGGGCUGGUGACCGUCUCCCAUCUCCACGCGUUGCUGGCCUCUCCCACCGCGGUGGAGCGCGAGGUCGCAGAGUUGCAGCGUGGCGGAGUGGUUCGCAAGAUCUACGUGCAACGUCGCGGCGGGCUCGGCGAGGCGCUUAUACAGUCUUCCGAGUUGGAGGAGAUGAUCACGCAGUCCGCCGAGAUCGACGGGGAGACGCAGGCCAUGCUCCUGAGCUUUUUGAAGGAGAAUCCGCAGGCGCAGACGAUGCCGCGGGCUGCCUGCAGUUAUAAGCAGGCUGAUGCCAUGGUGCGGGCGGGGUUCCUUACGGCGAAGAUACACUCGCAGGACGUGAACACGCCACUGAUGAAUCUUCACUUGCGCCCGGAGGUGCGCGCCAGCCUGACGAGUAUCGAGGCGGUGUCCCGCGCAGCGUCCGGCACCUUUGACGCCGUGGGCGGGCAAGGAGCAAUACAUGCUGCGGGUGGUGGGGGAGGGGCACCACGGCUGUCCCGCGCCGACACGUCAUCUCCCGACUACACCAUCGCGGUCCCCGGGAACGGUUCUUUUCUCAAGCUAACUGCCGCCGCGGUGGAACAUCUUAGCAAACUGCUGUCUAAAUCGCAAUUUAGGGAGAUGCCCGUGUCUAUGCUAAGAGAGAGAUGGGAAGGUGGCGUGGCUCGUGACGAGGCACGCCUGGCAAGGAGGGCCAGGGGAGAGUUUGCUGGAGUUUUGCCGGGACGGACGAAGAGGUGGAAGGAGUUUUACGGAUUGGAAUUCAACUGGGUCUUGGAAGAAGCCAUGGGGGCCGGUCUGGUUGAAGUCUUCGAGACACGGAGCGUAGGUAGGGGAGUCCGUUUGUUGUAG